AUGGCCAUUAUUCUUUUCUCUCCUAGCGGUAAGCCUUUCUCCUUUGGACACCCUUCUGUGGGUGCGGUCCUAGACAGAUUUGAGCAUCCACAGGCGGUUUGUCCUACUGUCACUCAACAGGCUAAAACUGAUGGAGGCACCUUAGUUGAACUGAACAAACAAUAUGCCGAUGUGCUCGAGCGACUGGAAGCUGAAAAGAAACGGGCAAAAGAGCUCCAGCAUGUUAAGCCUCUGCAAAUCGAAAACCUUAGCUUUGAACAGUUAAUAAUGGUAUUAAAGAAGGCGCUAGCAGAUCUCUAG